AUGAUCGGAAGUUCACCGCCGCCCAAGAAAUUCCAGACAAAGCUGAACGAGAUGAAGCUACAACUACGAUUUGCUCGUAAACGAUUGCGAAAGGCAAAAUCGGAGCUGAUUUCUAUGUGGUUACGCAAGUACAACAGAUUUAUGUCAAAGCUCAAGAAACGUCUGUUGGACAAGAAUCAGGUGGAACUGGAACGUAGAAAAACUCAUGCCAAACUUCAACCUCUUCCUGAUCGCCCAAUUCGUCGAGUGGCAUCCAAGCUAAGCCGAAAACCUACAAAUGAGGUGGAACGACUUAGGCGUAAAGGAGACCAUUGGACAGCCAACGACCUAUUUCGAUUCCAGUACAGUGACCCAGAAGACUUCACGUCAGAAGAGCGACGAGAGCUAUGCUACGAGUGGCUUGAUCGCCUGCAUGCUCUUCCAAAGAAGUACUGCUAUCUGGCAUGGUAUGAGGCAGCAAUAUACGCCUGUUAUUAUCGACUGGGACCAAUUAUUACGGAUCCUGAGGAGAAACGACGGAUUUGGACCCAAACGAAGAAGGAGUACGCUCUCAUAUUCCUCAUGGGGCGCAGAAUCUGGCGCCGUGCCAGCCAUCCAAGUCGGCUAAUUGUUUUCUACAACAUGGCAACGCUAUGUGUUCGAUUUGGCGACAUGACGGAUGAUCCAACUAUUGAGCUAUUCCGUGAGACGCUUGCCGAUGGCGACAACUUUGACUAUCGCUUGCUGGACGAGGUACAAUUUGCCAAAUCAGUUGACAAGAUCACGCUGCUUGAGAACUAUGUGAUCGACCAGUUCUACAUACGCAGACGUUCAUCCGGAUCAUUUCGAUCGAGCUUCCGCUCGAAACGGUCCAUCGAAAGGACCCCAUCCGGGAAAUCAACAAAAUCUCAAGAUUUUGUUGAACUACCACGUGAGGAGACACCACCUCCCAGCUACUCACAACCUAUCGCCUCUUCCCUUGACGCCUCUACUAACCAGGCCGUGAAUGAUAUCACCUGCACAAUAGAUACCCUUGCUCUGAAGCCCGCCGAUGCCCCUCCUAUUGAGUCCACUAGUCUUACCCUAUUUUUGAAAGCUGAUGGUGAAGAAGAUGAUUGUGCGAGGCCAGCAUCAGCUUCGCAUCGAAUCGUCCAUUUCAGCGAUGAAGAGGCAUCGGAAGUGGAGGUCUGA